AUGAGCGGUCGUGAGUCUACACCCUGUAACGCNAACGUGCUCCGCAGCAAUACCUUUGCAGUCUCGCAACACGUACAGUGCUGGCGCAAUGGAGCACUACGAUUCCUCGACUUGGUGAAGCCUUUCACCCCCCUCAUCCCUGAGAUCGCUGUCCCCGAGACCAAGACUNNCCCCUUCCAGCAGCGCCUGAUAUGGACUGGUGUCACUCUCCUGAUCUUCCUGGUCAUGUCACAGAUGCCCCUCUACGGCAUUGUGUCCUCUGGUGAGCUACAGGCAUACAAUCUGGCACGCGACAGCAAUACUGAUGCAGUCUANGACACCUCUGACCCGCUCUACUGGCUCAGAAUGAUGAUGGCCAGUAACAGAGGUACCCUCAUGGAGUUGGGUAUCACCCCUAUUAUUUCUUCCGGCAUGGUCUUCCAGCUUCUUGCUGGUACCCACCUCAUCGACGUCAACCUUGACCUCAAGGCCGACCGCGAGCUUUACCAGACUGCCCAGAAGCCCUCCGACCUCGGUGCUGGUAUCUGCGUUCUCCUCGUUGUCCAGCUUCUUACCGCCGCUCUGAUCGUCAUCCUCCUCGAUGAGCUCCUCCAGAAGGGCUACGGUCUCGGCAGUGGUAUCUCGCUCUUCAUCGCUACCAACAUUUGCGAGUCGAUCGUCUGGAAGGCUUUCUCGCCCACCACCAUCAACACUGGCAGAGGUCCUGAGUUCGAGGGUGCCAUCAUCGCUCUUGUCCACCUUUUGGUCACCUGGCCCAACAAGCAGCUUGCCCUCAAGGAGGCCUUCUACCGCCAGAACCUGCCCAACGUCAUGAACUUGAUCGCUACCAUUGCCGUCUUCAGCGCCGUCAUCUACCUCCAGGGUUUCCGUGUCGAGAUCCCCGUCAAGUCCUCGCGCCAGCGCGGUAUGCGCGGUUCUUACCCCGUCCGUCUCUUCUACACCUCCAACAUGCCCAUCAUGCUUCAGUCGGCUCUCUCUUCCAACGUCUUCCUUGUCAGUCAGAUGCUCUACUCUCGCUUCAGCGACAACCUUUUGGUUAAGAUGAUCGGAGUUUGGGAGGCUCGCGAGGGCUCUGCUCAGAUGCUCCCUAUUUCCGGUCUUGUCUACUACAUGUCCCCUCCCCUCAACUUCAAGGAUGCCCUUCUUGACCCCGUCCACACUGCUCUCUUCAUCGCCUACAUGCUCAUUGCAUGCGCCGCCUUCUCCAAGACCUGGAUUGAGGUUUCGGGUUCCAGCCCUCGUGAUGUUGCCAAGCAGCUCAAGGAGCAGGGUCUUGUUAUGGCCGGUCACCGUGACGAGUCCAUGUACCGUGAGCUUAAGCGUGUCAUCCCUACUGCUGCUGCCUUCGGUGGUGCCUGCAUUGGUGCUCUCUCCAUUGUCAGUGACCUUGUCGGCGCUCUUGGCAGCGGUACUGCNAUCAUCUACUCUUACUUCGAGAUCGCUGCCAAGGAGGGCGACAUGUCCGGCCUUAAGGGCAUGGUCAUGGGUUAA